AUGGUUACUCUCACAUCGCUGCUGGUCCUCGCGUUGACCCCUCUUUCCUUGGCAAAGGCGCCGUAUUGUCUUCCUGGCGAUGCCUGCUUUCCGUCUACCGACGAGCUGUCGCGGUUCAAUGGCUCCGUGGAUGGCAACUUGCUAGCUCCCCCUCCUUAUGGCCGAGUGUGUUAUGCCGGUCAUUUCGAUGCGCCUGCCUGUGCGGAGCUCGUAGCCAAUAAGCGAAAUGACGCCUAUCGCGAGGCUAUUCCGGCUGCGAUGAUGUAUACCAGCACCGAAUUCACGUCUAAUGGCACCGGCUGUCCGGUCCCUGCGGCCGCGCCGGAGACGGGGCUAGACGGCUCGUGCGAAUUAGGCGCCUUGGGAUCGUAUUUUGUGCAAGCGACGAGUGGAGAACACGUCAGCCAGGCCGUGAAGUUUGCAGCCAAACACAAUCUGGUGCAGCUCCUCGGCGUCGUGGCGCAGGACCUUUAUGCCGAAGCGGCCAAGCUGGGUGUCGUCACCACCGGUGGGUUCUGUCCUACCCCCGUCAUUGGCAUUGGUGCCGAUAAUGUGGUUCAAUAUGACAUUGUGACCGUUGACGGUACCAUUAGCGUUGCCAACGAGUGCGAGAAUAAAGAUCUUUUCUGGGCGAUGCGCGGUGGUGGCGGCGUCUUUUCUGUCAGCACGGCGACUUACGUGAAGGCACCUCCAGCCUUUGAGGCCGUCAACGUCGUCGUGGGACAGGUCUCAGCCGCCGACAAGUCAUAUCAGAAAUUGAUCUCGGAGUUUGUACAGCGCGACCCGGAGUAUGUUCCGGGCUUUAGUUGGGGCCUUUGGGAAACAACCUAUCCGAAUCUGACUAUCGCCUUCCAGAAAGGAUUCCAGUCUGAUGAGACCCUCUUGUCUGCCGAGAGAUCGCUGGGCGCGUUUGAUUUCCUCAAUUCCAUUGACAAUGUGACGGUAAAUAUCCAAGGGCUGCAGUUUGAGACCUGGAAUCAGGCGUUUGAAAAUGUGGUAGGACCCAUCAUGGAGGAGGGUAUUGCGGUUGGAGUCAAUAUCAUGGACAUCAGCCGCGUGGUGCCCAACGAUCUGUGGAGUUCGAAGGAUGUGAGUGGCGGCGCGGUAAACAAGCCAGCAGCUAACGCGACCUCCGUGAAUCCAGUCUUCCGCAACUCGGCAGCGUAUGUAGACAUCCCUCUCUUCGCCUCGUCGACCGGUGGAACGACCUCGGUGCAGCAAUCUACCGCACAGUCUCUCAUGUCCCAAGCGGACCAAGUCUUCGGUCGCGAUGCUUAUUACAACGAGGGCAACCGGCUGGAAACCGACUACCAGUCAUGCGCCUCCACCUUGGCCAAGCACCUUGAUCGGUUUGAGAUUUCGCUGUUUGACAUUGCGGACUAUACCGGCGGCCAGGCUACCUCGAUCCCCUUGGACAGUUCUCGCCACGGCGCCGAAUGGCUGAAUGACGGGGUGCAGGGCGGCUCGCCCAUUUUUCGACACACCUUCAAUUUCUUUCGUCGAUAUGGCUACGAGCCCCAACCUGUCAAACUGCAGGUCUCAUUUGGCAAAGGCACGGAGAGCUUCUGGACCAACGUCUUUCCCAGUCCACUCGUGGAUCGGUACUCUGACGAGAUCAGGAAGCUGGGUCGCGCGUUGAAGUGGAUCAAACGUUUCAUGCCCGUUCUCGGGGUCAUGCCCGUCAAAGUGUUGCUGCAGCUGUUCCGGUUUAGCCGCGAUUUCUCUAACAAGAUGGUAUUGCCGCUGAUGGCGCUGUUCCUGGGGACGGGCAACCAGACCCCCAAUGUGUCAAGCGUGCUGUUGGAGCGGUUGUUUGACGACCCGCAGAUGCGACUCUGGGACUACGAUCCAGACACGCUGCUGCCCAACCAACCCGGAAUGUCUACUUUUCCCAAUCUCGGCGACUUCUAUCGUGACUGGGCGGCCGACUUGGCCGCCCGCGGCGUCGAUCUGCGUCUUAGCACCACGGUCGACAUCCUGCGACGCGACAAACGCGGCGUUUCGCUGCGGUCGCGACCCGCCGACUCCCAGCCGGGCUCGGGCACAGGGUCCCCGGAGGCAUUCGACGAGCUGGUGCUCUGCGUGCCUGCCGACGAGGCCAAGUCCCUGCUGGGGAACAGCGCCACCUGGCGCGAGAAUUUCGUCCUAGGCGGCGUCAAAUUCUACAAUGAUUUGACCAUCACCCAUUGCGACUCGCAAUACUUCUCCAGCCUGUUUCAAACGCGAUACUCCUCCGACGUUUGCGCGUCGGCUAGCACUGAAUCCCGGAAAAGUCAGAUCGAGUUUGCCCGACAAGCGCCGCGAGCCCGCAGCGACGGGUGGGAGGGAUUUGCGCCGAUGUACUACACGCAUUUGUAUGCCUCGGAUCCAACGAAGAUCGAAAUGGGGUUCGACUGCACGCAUUAUCAGCACCAGUUCCGCGAAGCCUUCGGUCAGGAUGCCCCGGCUCCGGAACCCGACCGACACGUCUACCAGACCAUUUUCCUCGACGAUCGGCACAAGCAUCUGUGGACCUGGGAGGGGAUUCAAAAGGACAAGAUUAUUGCACGCAAGGAUUGGCAUCAAUUCGGCCACCGCUGGCAACAUUAUCUGCGCGUGGUGCCGGGUAUGAUGUUCAUUAACGGCAAGAACCACACGGUAUACGCCGGAAGCUGGACGAUGGUGAACAUGCACGAAAUCGCAUGCAUCUCCGGCAUUGCGGCCGCUUAUCGACUGGGCGCCACGUACGAGGCCUUCGACGAUUUUGCGGAGGACUGCUUCGCCAAAUAUUUGCUCGUCUUGUGCACUCGUCCGUAUGAGGAGAUGACGGCCUAG